AUGCAAUUUGUGCGAAUGCCAGGAGACCUGCGAAACCUGGUCCGUCACUAUGCCAGGCAGGACUCGUACCUAUGGGACACCAUUGAUCGUGGUUCUGCAUGGACGCCGUGGUCACACCACAUACCAAGUGCGCAGCUGCGUGUGCAGUUUUUUCAGGCUGUGUUGAAGGUCAUUGAUGAUUUGAUUCCCCGUGUCACCUUUUGUCUUGCCGACUGGCAAGCGACCACCAGGCCAAUUCCAGCUUUCCCAAAUUUCAAGGCCAGAUCAGACUCCCAGUCCAACUCUUGCUCUUCUUCUCCCCAUCAACCAGUACCGUCUCAUUCACUUGUCCCUGCUCCCUCCCCUGCUCUCUCGCCAGCUGCUCCAACAACCCUGUGGCCCACCUCAAGCGUCCAGGCCCAUAACCCUUUAUUCUCCAGGCUGCAGUGGGCUGUUCAACGAGCCUCUCCAAGGCUGGAAGAGUACCGCUCCAUGGUCUCUCGCUCCUCGACUACGGGGAUAACCAACCAUUCUUCUGAGUCUCAGCAGGGUCAACGUGUACAGACACAGCGGCAGGUCGUGCAGCCGCAGCAGACCUUAACCCCUGCACGUAGCUCGACUGGUAGCUUCACUAUGGAGCCUGACUGGCACGAUGCUAGAUCUGAGGGGAGCACCACGGAUGUUUCGGACGUCGAUUCGAUGACCAGGUGCGUGAUCUUGGGCUACGCUCGGUACCAUCCUGGCGAGGGUAAUCCACAGGACUUGACUGUGAAUGAUAGCAACAAGGAUGUUGGCUCUGAUGCUAACUUUGCCCGGCCUCGUGACAGCCUGAAGCUUUCUGAUUAUAACACUCUGAAGUCAGAUAACGCCAGCGUAGAUGCCACCCAAGUCGCCCUGGCCCCCGUAACUGAGCAAACCCAGACCAGCCAGAAAACUAAUGAACAGGAGCAGUUCCCAUUAAACCCCACACUGACAGAGUCCUCUCCAGGCCCAGGAGCAGAUAGUGAGGAGUCAAUGGGAAACGGCAACGAGGCUAACAAACAGGACUCUCUACGACGCCAGUUUACUCCCUGUCAUCAGUCUUCUCCAGUCACCACCCCGGCGACCUCAGUGUCUCUCCUAUCUUCGAAAAUUGACUUAGCUGUGGAGGAAAAUACUUCUGCCCUCAGCCUAUCGCCAGCAACCACGGAUGACAUCCAGCCCACGGCAAACCAAGAGGAUAAUACUAACGGAGAGAUACCUGAUGAUCACUGCGCGACAAACAAGGUGAACCUUGAGGACCUGAAAGACGCCGCCAAUACCCCCAUCGUCCCCACCAUCAUUCCAACCCUUCCCUCAGAAUUCCCUGUUAUCCUGCCGGGCCCACCCUUCAGUGGCACACGGCCCUGA